AUGGAAAAUUCUGCAUUUUUUUACGGUGUAUUUCUUUGGUGCUUAUUAAUUAGUGUAACUGGAUAUUCCAUUUACAUUGGUUUUGGGCCACCCUCGAAAGAAUUACGCGAUCCCUUUGAAGAACACGAAGAUUAA